UACAGAAGAAGGGAAGUUUGAUGUUUGCUUUUCUUUGUACAUGGAACACGAAAGUGCCGAGGGCUGCGCUUUAGGGCUUCGGUAUCCAGUCUAAAGUGCCAACAGGGAGAACAUGAAAGGCUAAAUUGAGAACUGCGACUUCAGAAAACUGAAAUCAUUCGGGAAUACUUCUGCUGUCAGACUAUAAAAGAAGAAAAAGAGCUUUGUUCUAAUGGUAAUGACAAGAAAAAUAGACAAAAAUAUAAGAAUCAUAUUUUUCUAUGAUGUAGAGAAGAGUGGAGGAUUGAAAGAAGCUAAAUGAACUGAAUUUUAUAGAGAAACAAACCCUUCAGAGAAGAGGAGAGAGCAGUAGCUACUUCUUUCUGAGGGUCAUUGCCAGUUUGGGAUUCAGAAUACCAUGGGAAGAGUGAGGAUGCCAAGAGCUAGUUGAAAUGGACUGUAGACUGGAGGAACCCCAGCUCAGCCAAGCAACUGUGCCUCUCUCCCCAUCCCACCCUUGAGAAAAAACAGUGGAUAAAGACCCGGUAACUAAAGAGAAGUCGCCCAGUCUUGGCCAUUCUCUAAAUGACUGGAUUGCAGAACUUUGUGGAAUUGAAACCAGUAAUGAAGCAAGCCUAUCUGAAAAUGCAGCCAAGUCUUCUAGCUCAAGUACAGACACCACUGAAAGCUAGCAGAACAUAGCAGAGACCAGAAUAGAGUCAAAAAUUAGACCCGUACUUAUAUAACCCAUUGAUUUCAACAAACACUUCAAAUGCACUUAAAAGGGAAAAGAGAAGUCCCUUUAGAAAUGUUGGGAAAACUUCCUUUCCAUAUGGAAAAAAAAAAGAACUGAUCUCUAUUAUAUGCCAAACACAGAAAUGAAUUUGCGAUAGAUCAUACCCUUAACGUAAAAGCUAAAAUUAUAAAACUUAUAAAAGAAAGAUAGGUGAUGUAGGAGUCUGCCUCUAAUCUGUCAUCCCUUACAGUUGUACCUGCCGUGGGACAGACACUGCAGCUGUGUCCCCACCAGCUUUAGCCUCUCUGUCAGUGACAAGUCCCCACAUCUGGGAGCUACAUAGACAUGUAGACACUGCCCUGGGGGUAGCUACUGCACAGGAGCCAAAGCUGAGCAGAGACAAGACCUCACUUUUCUUCAGGGAGACCAUUCAAGGAGACCAGAAAAAUGGCCUUGGGGCUAAGAGCCAGGAGAGAAUCGGCCUUUGUGUCAUUCCAUGAUGUAGCUGUGGACUUCACCCGGGAAGAGUGGCGGCUGCUGAGCCACGCUCAGAGGAUGCUGUACAGGUGUGUGAUGCUGGAAAACUACAGCAACUUGGUCUCCCUGGGAACUCCAUUUCCCAAGCCAACACUUGUCAUUCUGCUAGAGCAGGGGGAAGAACCCUGGAAAGAGGAGAGUGAACAUCUGCUCAGCCCCUGUUCAGCAGAUGCAAAGCCAGAAAUUCAACUUGAUUCCUCCUCAGCUCUGGACUUCUGCAGUCGGCCAUUAUGCCAACACGUGCUACGUGAUCAUUGCCUUCCGAUCUGUCCGGGCUUGCUAGCAGGCACUCUCUGCCCAGCCUACCAGAAGCAGAAGCAGCAACCACUUCCUCAUGAAAGCUUCUGCAAUGACCAAGUGAAAGAUGAAGGCAGAGAAGAGGGCUCCAAAUCAUUGUUUGAGAGGACAAGGGCGAGGUUUACCUCCAGAGCUUUCUUCAGCCCACCUGACAGACAGCUAAUAGGCUUGAGGGAAGGCAAGACAGUGGUGGAAAUAAAGCUCAGCUCAGCUGAGAAGGCAAACCGUUUAGAAACAGACAAAGUAUUAAAGUGGGUGGAUUUCUCGGGAUUUGAAGUAGUGAACUGUGGAAAUUGCGGGCUAGGCUUUAGCCAGAAAUCAGCCCUCUUUGUUCAUCAGAGGACCCACUCAGGAGGAAAGCCUUAUUUUUGCAGUGAGUGCGGUAGAAGCUUCAGCUAUAAAUCAGCUCUCAUCACACACGAGAGAUCACAUACCGGGGAGAAGCCUUACCACUGCACAGAGUGUGGGCAAGCCUUUAGCCAGAAGUCAAACCUAGUCACCCACAAGAUGGCACACUCUGGGGAGAGGCCUUUUGCAUGUGAGGAGUGUGGACGAAGCUUUAGCCAGAAGUCAACCCUCAUCAGACACCUGAGGACACAUUCAGGGGAGAAGCCCUUUGUGUGCCAGGAGUGUGGGCGGGGCUUUCGGGAUAAGUCAAACCUUAUCACACACCAAAGGACCCACUCAUGGGAAAAGCCUUAUGUGUGCAGAGAUUGUGGGAGGCUUUUUAGAGACAAAUCAACGCUCAGCAAACAUCAGAGGAUUCAUUCAGGGGAGAAUCCUCAUUUGUGCACUGAAUGUGGCCGGAGCUUUAGUCAGAAAUCGUACCUCAUAAAGCACAAGAGGACACACUCAGGAGAGAAGCCUUUUGUGUGUCAGGAGUGUGGACGAGGCUUUAGUGAUAAGUCAAACCUUACCACACACCAGAGGACACACUCAGGAGAGAACCCCUAUAUGUGUGCAGAGUGUGGUCGAGGGUUUAGUGUUAAGUCAGCUCUCAUGACACACCAGAGGACACACUCAGGAGAGAAGCCUUACGUGUGCCAAGAAUGUGGGCGAGGCUUUAGACAUAAGUCAACUCUUGUUGCACAUCAGAGGACACACUCAGGAGAGAAGCCUUUUGUGUGCGGGGAAUGUGGGCGAGGCUUUAGACAGAAGUCACACCUCAUCAGUCAUCAGAGGACACACUCUGGGGAGAAGGCUUAUGUCUGCACUGAGUGUGGGCAAGCCUUUAGCCAGAAAGCAAAUCUAGUCAGGCACAAGAUGGCCCACUCGAGGGAGAAGCCCUUUGUGUGCAGGGAGUGUGGGAGAGGCUUUAGCCAGAAGUCAGCUCUCAUAAGACAUCAGAGGACACAUUCUGGGGAGAAGCCUUUUGUAUGCAGGGAGUGUGAGCGGGGCUUUAGUGAUAAGGCAACUCUCAGUACACACCAGAGAACACACUCAAGGGAAAAACCUUAUAUUUGUAGUAAGUGUGGGGAAGGCUUUAGGCUGAAAUCGCUCCUUAUUAGACACCAGGGGACACAUCUGUUAUAAAGAAGCUUCAUGCACAAGGAGUGUAAGCAAGGCUUUGGUAAUAAAUCACAAAUCAUACCUCAUCAUGCAAGAAGAGAUAACUUUAAGGGAAAUCUCAUGUGUGCAAAGGGUGGGACUUCAGAGAUAUUAACUUUCACCAGACGACAGGAGAAGACCUACCUGUGCAAAACAAUGAUCUUCAGUUAGAAGCGAUUUUAUCCCCUGCCUAGGUGACAGUUGGUGAAACCUGGAGACAUUUUCUUAUCGUCACAACUGGGAGGUUGCCACUGGCAUAUAGUGGAUAGAGGCCAAGGAUGCUGCUAAACAUGCUAUGAUGCACAGGACUGCCUCCCACAACGAAAGUCUCCUACCCUGUAAGACUUGGAUCCCUUUAAGGCUAGCUUUGGCUCCCAGAUCCCUGCCGUUGGCUCAAAAGAAAAUUUCUUACACUCUCCCGUAGCUGAGUCUCCUGCCCAGACCCCCAUCUUCCCCCCCCCUCCUUCAAUCCAGAUCUGAUGUCUCCCCCUGCCUUCUUUAACUCUUUCCAUUUAUUUUCUCAAAUAUGGUUUUCCCAAUAGCCUCUUGCACAUCUAAUCCCCUCCUCUUUUUCAGAAGACUCCAACUCACACAAUCCCAAGGAGAGAAUGGUAACUCCGCAGUGAAGCGACUUGGCCCACCACCCUCACAAAGUUAACCACUAACACUGAGACAGAUUGUCAUCAUAAGCCUCCUAAUAGGAUUCGUUGAAAAAGAUACCAUGUCAUUUUUAAAAUAUAUUUCUGCCAAAAAAGCCAUUACUUAAGUCUUGCCAUGAGAAAUCAUUAAAUAAACUCAAAUUAAGUAAUACUUUACAAAACAACUGUCCUGUACUUUUUACAAAUACCAAAGCAAGGAAAAACACAAAAAGGAUGGCAAACUGUUGCAGAUUGCAGGAGACUACGGAGACAUGGCCAUACAGUGCUUGAUAUAGGAUUGGAUUGUGGACUUUAAAAAUAGUCACGAAAGACUAUGGACGAGAUGAUAUUGCUUAAUCAAUGUUAAAUCAGUGAUAAAUGCAGCAUACUGUGGUCAUCUUUGCUUUGAAAAUACACAAGUCAGUGUUUAGGGUUAAAAAGAUACAGUGACUCCAACUUAUUCACAAAUCGUUCAGACAAAAAAAAAAGUGGUCUGAAAAUGUUCAUAGAAAACAAAAUGAAUGCGUAAACUACAAAUACAUUUUCCAGGAGCUGGGGAGGGAAAGACAGAGAGACGGAGGGAGAUAGAGCACACAAGUGGAACAAGUCUGAACCACUGGUGAAUCCAGUUAAAAGGUAAAAGCAGUGCCUUAUAUUCUUCUUGCAACUUUCCUCUUUUUGUUAUUUUAUCAAAGUGAAAACAUAAGCAAAAAAGAAGAAAAUAGGAAGGAAGAGAAGGAAGGUAGGUAGGUUGGGAGGAAGGGAGGAAGAAAAGGAAAGAAAGGAGGGAAACUCCUGGGAUGGUGGGUUGGUUGGUGGCUGGAAUCAUCACUGUUAGAAUUGCACUGUGACCCAGCCCAGAAUAACGCAACACCUGAAGAAAUUAGAAAGAUUAGCCCAUAUCCUAACUGCCAGAUAAAGGAAAGACCUUGCAUUCUUUGUGAAGUAUCCAUACAUUAGUCUCUAGAAUUUUUUUUUAAAUACACAGUGUUCUGAAUAUAAUUAAAAAUGACCAGAUAUGAAAUAAAAUAGAAAUAUGUAACCUUACUCCAAGGAAAAUGAUAGAAGCAGACCAACAGGUCACCUAGGUAUUGAAAAUCACAGCCAUGGCUCUAAGUCAAUUAUUAUAACUACUUUAAAGAGUUUAGAAGAGAAUUGGCAGGAUAUUUCAAAAGGAAAAGCAAAACUAAAAAAAGAACCAAAUGCAAAUACUAAUAUUGAAAUAUCUGAAUUUUUUCCCAUGCCUGCAAAUGCCGUAAAAUUAACUGCCACUUUCCUUCCAUUUCUUUCUGAAAUAACUUUCAUGAAGAUUCAAACGAGUGAUUUAAAUAAACCCAGAAAUAACAUUAGAAGGGAGCCUUUGCUUUGAAAGUUAUUCAUCAACUCAUUCUUUAGAACUAGGAAAACCAGUCAAUAAACCCUGAUCUAGUCAACCAUGUUAUGAGGAGGCACUACAUUUAAAAGUUAUUUUUCAUAUUUUGGGCCCUAAAAAUUAUACUACUCUUCUCAACUCUGUCAUUUGCUUCGGAAGCAGACAUGCUUCUGUGAUGCUUAUUUAGAAUUGUUUUUAUUUCCAGAUUUUAAGCAGGAUAUUUGCUUUCUCUUAAGGCAUCUGCCCAAGUAGUUUCUUUUUCAUUAACAAAUGUUUGAAAACUUAUAUCCUCUUGUAGAUGAGCAAGACUCUGCGGUGACUUUCUCUGACCCUCUCUCACUGUCACCCUUUCUUUUACUCUUUUUCUGUGUCUAUUGCAUUUAGAACAACCCUGUCCCCUAAGUCAGUAAAUAUAACUUCUCAGUUUUUAUAAAUCGAUUUCAAAGGAGUAAACCCAUUAAAAGUCAUACAUUUUCUUGGGUGGGUUAUUUUCAUUAAUCAAUAUUCCCAUAUUAAAUGUGGUGUAAUAACAAUGGACUGGCCGGAUGUAAUCCACUUAGUGUUGGGAUUAAAAUGGGUGAAAUUUCCAGGGAAUGAUUAGUGUUUAUUAUGAAAAAUGACCCUGCAAUGAAUAUAAUAUGAUGAAGAUGUUUCGGGCAAUGCUGAUUUGUGUUCUUCUUCUCAUAUUCUUUGACAUCAGAGAAUUAUAUGAAUCGAUUUCAGUUCACUAUGUUAACAACACUUAACAGUUUUGGGUUAUAAUGUAUCUGUUUUCCCCUUUUGGCAGACAGUAUG